AUGUUUAAUAAAUUAAAGAAUUCAUUUCCAUUUAGAUCUGGACCAAAUUUCCUUUUAUGUUUUCUAGGAUUUUCUGGUGUGGGUUAUUUUGGUACAAGCUAUUUGCAUAAACAGAAAUAUGAUCAUCCAAUAGUUUAAGAAGCAUUAAGAAUAUUGUAACAUAAUGAUUAAAUAAUUCAAUUGGCUGGAUAUCCAUUAUCACUUUAGAUAAAUAUGGGUAGUAAUGCAACUCAAAAUGAUGAUGUGUGUUAAUUUUCAUUUUAAGUUGUUGGUCCUAAAGGUGCUGCAAAAGUGGAAUUAAUGGGAUAAUCAAGAGAAUUAUAGGAGAUAUAAAAUAAGUCCUAAUAUUAUAUUCCAUCUUCAAAACAAAUGAUAGAUGUGAUGAAAUAUAAUAAAGAUAUUGAAGCAUUAUAAAAUUGGAAAUUGACUCCUGAUGUAAAAUUAUGGAAGAUUGAUCAUUUGGUUGCUGAUAUUGGAUUGUAAGGAGAUUUUAGAAUAGUAUUGGUUGAUUCAAAUUAAGUGUUGAAAAAGGAUGUAGCUUAAGUAAUGAGUCCACCUUUGGUUAGUGAUCGUAAAACACUUUAUGAUCUAAAGUUAGAAAUAGAUGCUCGUAAACCUAAAACACCUACUACUGAAUAAGAAAUAGAAGAAGCAAGAAGAUAUAGAUAAUAAGAAUUAUAUAGAAAAGUAGGUGGUGUUAGAAAUAUUACAAUAAUUAGUACAAUAAUUGGAGCUAUGGCUAUUUAUAAUUAUGUAAAAGCAAAUAGAGUAUGAUUUAUUUAAUAAUUUAGAGAAUAAGUGUAUUGAAUACUUAAAUUCAUAGAUAAUCAUUAAUUAUCAUAUAGAGUAAUCCUUAAAUAAAGAAAAUAUUUGGUUAGAAUAUUUAAUUCAAUUAAUAAUUGAGAGGUGGAUAAAUAAGAGAUUAGGCUGAAUUUGAAACUGAUAUGUAUGGAUAAAAGGCAGGUGUUUGUUAUGUAAAAGGAUAGAAGAACAAAAAAACUAAUGAUUGGGAAAUUGAAUCAAUUGAUGUUGCUAUUAAAGAUGCUUAAGGUAUUAUCAAUCAAAAAAUUAGAAUACUGGGGUGA